AACUAGUUACAUUUGGCUACUUCCACACAUUGGCUAAGAAAGCAAAGGGAGGAAGGAACAGGGUAGUGCUGUCAGUCCAAUUAAAAUAAGACAGAGAUAGUGGAAUUCUUACCACAUUAAUGAACUGUGUUCUGACACUAGUUGGUAUCUCUCCUAAAUAAUUCAAUAUGGUAAAGAUGCUGUUUCUCCAGAGUGCUCUCUUUCUUGCUAGCUUACACGGAAUUCAGACUCUUAAAAUCUGUUCCUUUAACGUGAGAUCAUUUGGAAAAUCAAAAGUAGCCAAGGAAGGAAUCCUGGAUGUGCUUGUGAAGGUAAUCUCCCGUUGUGAUCUAAUGUUGAUGAUGGAAAUCAAGGAUUCAAGAAAUAAAGCAUUUCCUAUGCUAAUGGAAAGACUGAAUAACCAAGGCAACGGUAAUGAAUACGAAUUUGUCAUUAGCAAACGCUUGGGACGAAAGGCCUACAAAGAACAGUAUGCUUUCAUUUACAGGCCAAAACUGUUAACAGUAAAAAGAAUUUACCAGUAUCCUGAUCAUCAUGGAGACGUUUUUGCAAGGGAGCCAUAUGUGGUAUGGUUUUCAUCGCGUUAUACCACUGUAAGGGACUUUGUCAUUAUCCCACAACACACAGCACCAGAUUCAGCAGUCAGUGAACUGAACGGGCUAUACGAUGUUUAUGUGGAGAUGAAACAACGCUGGAGAGCAAAGUAUUUCAUACUUAUGGGAGACUUCAAUGCAGACUGUGAAUAUGUCCGCAGGAAGGAAUGGCCAAGUAUCAGAUUGAGAAAUGAUACCAAUUUUAUUUGGCUAAUUGGAGAUGAUGACGAUACAACAGUAAAACAUAGUACACAUUGUGCAUACGACAGGAUUGUACUCCGUGGAGAAAAAUUAGUAAACGCAGUUAUUCCGAAUUCAGCCAACAUAUUUAACUUCAAAGAAGCUUAUGGCAUGACUGAAGGACAGGCCCUGAAUGUGAGUGACCAUUUUCCUGUGGAAGUAGACUUGCGGAGGUCACGUAGCAUCUUUUACUUUUUAAGAUCUCUGGCAGGUCCAAAGGGUUAGCAAGCUGUUACAUACAGUUCUACUAGCUCUAAAUUGAAUAACAAUCAUUGCCUCUGUUAUCAGUUUUAAACUGUAGAAUUCAUUAUUUGCGUCAUCAUGAAGUUACAUCAUGACUUUCAAAUUCCUGUGUGAAAUUUGCAUGAAGUUUUGCAUAUCUCAAAACGAGUUGUUAAGAGCUGGAGCCAAGGAAUGUUGAUUCCUUCUUAAUCUUUAUAUUUGUCACCUCAAGGAUUAAUACUCUCUUCGCCCACAUCAAUCCUAAAUAUAUUCAAUCUACGGCUCAGAGACAAAUCUCUACAAUCAUUCUGUCCUUGAGGAACUCCAUUGGCUUUCUAAUCCCUCGUAUCAAGUUUGCAAGGUUCCCAUUCUAGAUUUUGAUUGCCUCAAUAGUUUCAUUCCAAACUUUCUGACUGAUCUAUUCCAGUGAUAUAUCCCAAGUCAUUCUGAAUUGCUGCACAUCUCUUGCUCCCGCCACGCCAUCACCAGAAGCUACCUUUUUGAUUACGAUGAAUGGAAUGAGAUUCUGGCCAUCAAACCGCACCUCCCAUUCCAGACAUCAGUAGUGAGAAUUCAAGAAGUGGGUGAUUUAAACUGCAGCACCUUGCCUACGUGACUAACUGUUCAUAUGUAAUGUGAGGGAAGCAGCAAGUGACCAGUCAAUGUUUGAAUGACAUGGACAAGUUUCGUUUCCACCAUCUGGUGAAUUUAUACAACAAGAUGUCAAUUUUGACCAAUACCAAUGAGAAAUUAUGUGAAAAUCCAACCAAACCAGGAUAAGAUGGCAGAGGAGAAAAUAUACAUUGAGCAUCAUACUAAAACUUAUGUUUUAACUUGCUGAAAUAGAAAGAAAUGCUUCUUAAAAUAUAACCAUUAAUAAAUUACAGCAAAUACUUUGAUAAACUGACAAUGAUGUUGGAAUCAAAAGAACUUUGCUUACUUCUAUCAAGUCAUACAAUACCAUAACCUAUAGCCAUAAUACUUCCAUACAAUAUACAUGAUGUGUUUUCUGUGGAAUAAGAAUAUAACAAAUACCAUUAAAUAAAUCACUUGCUCCAGUCAAA